AUGCCAACUUACACUCCAUCACAAAUCUUUUACCUCUCAUUACAUUUUACAAGUAUCUUCCUAAUUCUAGUAUUGAACAUUCAUCUCUUUCGUAGUAAACCUUUCAUUACAAAAUGGACUCUCAUACAAAUCUGUCUUUCGCUUCUGGGAUAUUCAUUAUUUGCCAUUUCUUCAUUAGUAAUUUUUGGGGAUCGAAUCCAAUCUGAAGAUUCUGAAGAAUUAUGUUCAAUAUUAGCCAAACUCACAACGUUCUUUCAUUACCCAGUAAUAACAUUCACUUCAGUACUUAGUUGUUAUCUCUGGUUUUUAAUAGUAAAAACCAAUUUAAAUUUAGAAAAAGUUACUUUGCGGUGGAUUUCUGCGAUGAUUUGGGGUUGGUCGCUAGUAUAUCUUUUAUUCAUAAUAAUAAUGGCAAGAGAUGAAAGAAUGGUAAAAACAACAAUGUAUUGCAAAUUACAAGUUAAAUGGUAUAAUUAUUAUGUUUAUUGGACUGUAAUGAGCAUAUUGAUAUUAUUUAAUUUUGGAUUUGGAGGUCACUCAAUAUACAUCCUUUAUAAACGUUGGAGUAUCUUUAAAAACAAAAAAAAUCGGCAAACAGCCAUUAAUUUAGGUUAUUCGGUACGCGUCGCUGCAUACAUAAGUUUAUAUACAUUCUUAAUGUUAUCGUAUCUCGUAUCUGAUACUAUUUCCAUAUCUAAGAGUAAAGAGACAAAUGAUUUGUUGGAUAAAGAAGUUCAUAUUGGUGAUUUUACAUCAGCUUUAAGGCAACCCGAAUCACUUGAACUCAAACGUCAAGAAACACAAUCGACGAAUGACACGAAUGUAGAGAAUACUACUGAAACGAUGACCAGUGUGAUAAUUCUAGAUUUAUCACAGGAUUUUAUUAACCACUAUAAUGAAAUUUGA